GUGCCGGCAAAACCCCAACCCUGGGUGGCGGCUUCCACGUGAACCUCGGAAAGGAGUCCAGAGCCCAGACCCUGCAGAACGGGCGGCGGCAGAUCCACCACCUGGGGAGCCAGCUGCAGCUGAACCAGCACUGCCUGGACACCCCCUUCAACUUCUUCAAGAUGGCCGUGAGCAAGCACCUCACCCGCGGCCGCAAGAUGGCGCACGUCAUUGCCGCCUGCCUCUACCUGGUCUGCCGCACGGAGGGCACGCCACACAUGCUGCUUGACCUCAGUGACCUGCUCCAGGUGAACGUGUACGUGCUGGGGAAGACCUUCCUCCUGCUGGCCAGAGAGCUCUGCAUCAACGCACCAGCCAUAGACCCGUGCCUGUACAUCCCACGUUUCGCCCACCUGCUGGAAUUCGGGGACAAGAACCACGAGGUGUCCAUGACGGCCCUGCGGCUCCUACAGCGCAUGAAGCGGGACUGGAUGCACACGGGCCGGCGCCCGUCUGGCCUCUGCGGUGCAGCACUUCUAGUAGCAGCCAGGAUGCAUGACUUCCGGAGAACUGUCAAGGAGGUGGUCAGUGUGGUCAAAGUGUGUGAGUCCACACUGCGCAAGAGGCUCACAGAGUUUGAGGACACCCCCACCAGCCAACUGACCAUCGAGGAGUUCAUGAGGAUCGACCUGGAGGAGGAGUGCGACCCCCCGUCGUACACAGCUGGCCAGAAGAAGCAGCGGAUGAAGCAGCUUGAACAAGUCUUGUCAAAACAGCUAGAGGAAGUGGAAGGGGAGAUCUCCAGUUACCAGGACGAGAUCGAGAUCGAGCUGGAGAAUAGCCGGCCGAGGGCCAAAGGGCCCCUCCCUGGCCUGAAAGACGGUUCCACCGAGGACGCGACGUCCAGUGCAUUUGGCGACGAGGACCCCGAGGACGAAGAGCUGGAGGCCGCCGCCAGCCACCUGAACAAGGACUUCUACCAGGAGCUGCUCAGGGGCGGCAGCGCCGUGGGCGACUCGGAAGCCACUGGCGUCCCUGACGAGACCUGCCGGCCCCCGGCCCUGGAGUCCCUGCUCGGCCCCCUGCCCACGGCAGCCAGCCUGGGCAUCUCGGACUCCAUCCGCGAGUGCAUCGCCUCCCAGGGCCGCGACCCCAAGGACACUUCUGGAGACGGCGAGCUGGACCUCAGCGGCAUCGACGACCUGGAGAUCGACAGGUACAUCCUGAACGAGGCGGAGGCCCGUGUGAAGGCCGAGCUGUGGAUGAAGGAGAAUGAGAAGGAAGCGAGGAUCGCGAAGGAGAAGGAGCUCGGCGUGUACAAGGAGCACAAGCCCAAGAAGUCUGGCAAGCGGCGGGAGCCCAUCUUGGCCAGCACAGCAGGGGAGGCCAUCGAGAAGAUGCUGGAGCAGAAGAGGAUCUCCAGCAAGAUCGACUACAGCGUUCUGCGGGGCCUGGACAGUAAGGCCGAGGCCAGCCCCCAGACGGAGCGCACCCAGGCCGAGGCCAGCCCCCAGGCGGAGCGCACCCAGGCCGAGACCAGGCCCAGCUCCCGCAAACUGGCCCGGAGGAGGCCACCCGCCAGCAGGAGCAGGGCCGACCCCCUGAGCAGUGUGGGGAAAAGGUUGAGACCCCUGGUGUCCACACAGCUGGCCAAGAAGGCAGCCAUGGGAGAGGCCCUGCUCCCAAACCGUCCUGCCCCCGGAGCCGAGCUGGUCAGACCUGCGGCUGUCCUGGUGGAGAGUGGGCCCGUGUCAUACCACCCCGAGGAGGAGGCCGACGAGGAGGACGCUGACGAGGAGGAUGGGGAGCCCUGCGUCAGUGCCCUGCAGAUGCUGGGCGGCAGUGAUUACGGCUGUGACGGCGAUGAGGAUGAAGCCUACUGAGGACCU